CCCCAGCUAGUCCAAUACCCGGCGGACACCCGCAACCACUUUCUCCUGGCGGAGAUCGGGCGCGGUGUGAACUCAGUCGUUUACAAGGCCCUCUACGUGGAAAUGGAUUCGGUGGAGACUGAGUUUGUGGCGCUCAAGUGCAUCGAUUUGAACCGUUCGCGGACCGACCUGCACGGAGUCCCCUGCGAGGCCCAGACCAUGUCCCGGCUUUCUCACCCCAACGCUCUGGGGGCCUACUGCUCCUUCACGUCGGGCCAUAGCCUCUGGGUGGUCAUGCCGUUCAUGUGCGAAGGCUCGCUCGGGUCCAUCAUGUCAUCGUCACUCCCCGACGGAUUCUCCGAGCCCUGCAUCGCCGUGAUUCUCCAAGAGACGUUGAGGGGCUUGGCGUAUUUACAUAUGCAGGGUCAGCUUCACAGGGACAUCAAGGCAGGAAACAUACUCAUAGACUCCAAUGGCACGGUGAAGCUGGCAGAUUUUGGCGUCUCCGCCUCUCUGUACGAGGCGACAGUAGGCACAGCGGUGGCAAUGGUAGCCGAGGUGGCGGGGACACCCUACUGGAUGGCACCGGAGGUGGUCCACUCGCGCGCGGGAUACACAUUCAAGGCGGACAUAUGGUCUUUCGGCAUCACAGCCCUAGAAUUGGCGCAUGGGAGGCCUCCCCUCUCACAUCUACCACCUUCCAAGUCACUGAUGAUGAAGAUGACGAAGCAAUUUAGGUUUUGGGAUCACCGCCAGAAGAGGUGGAACAGCAAAGAGUUCUCCGAGUCGUUCAAGAACAUGGUGGGCUGGUGCCUCGACCAGGACCCGUCGAAGAGGCCGUCCGCCGAUCAACUUUUGAAGCAUCCCUUCUUCAGAAACUGCAAUGGACCGGAAUUUCUGCUAGGCGUACCUAGUGUAGAUCAAAGGCACAGAUUAGAAGCACGGCUUCAGAGCUCCAAGGAAGAGGCAGGUAAUGAAGACGAAGAAUUUCCAGGUAGAAGGAUCAGUGGAUGGAACUUCAACAAAGACCAUUUCGAGCUGGACCCGGUUUUCGAGCAAGUCCGUUUCGGCGGAAAGACCAUCAUCCCAGACAAUAGGGUGAGUUUGAAGCCAAGUUCGCCGGGAAAAGCCACAGAAGGUGGGCAGAGAGAGGUGGGGCCAUCAAGGCAGGAUGGAGUUCCUCAGGUAGAAGAGGUGGAAGAUAAACAGGUGGAGAGGUUGAAGAUGGAGUUGGAGAACACGCAGAUUAAGAAUUUUCAUUUGGAUUUGGAGUUGGACCUCCUCAGGUCGCAGCUUCGCAUUGCAAAUAGUCUUAUUGCAGAUGCCCUU